UGCCAAAUAUUAUUAUAAAAACACAGAAGAAAUGAAAUGCAAAAUAUUAUGAAUGUCUGCUUCAAAGGUUCACAAAUCUAUUUUGCUCUCUCUUGCUUCAAUCACACAAUCAAUACUCUUUCAUGGCUGCUGCUUCUUCUUCUUCCUCUUCCUCUUCUCCUCAAACAGACACAUGCCUGAACUUCAUCACUCAUCUGCUUAAAGCUCUGAAAGACUCGAUGGUGAAUGUCUUCUUUCAUGAUGAAAAACCGGAGCAACUUUCACAACCACUUUCUCCAGAAAUUGCCUCUUCUAGUCGAUUGAAGCAUCAGGUUUUCUUGAGCUUCAGCGGUGAAGACACACGCCUUAAUUUCACCGCUCAUCUACUCAAAGCUUUAAAAGACAAAGGAAUGAAUGUUUUCUUCGAUGAAGAAACACUAGAAAAAGGGGAGCAACUUUCACAAGCACUUUCUCUAGCAAUUGCAGCCUCAAAUCUCUCAAUAAUUGUGUUGUCAGUAGACUAUGCUUCUUCAAAAUCAUGCCUGGCUGAACUCUCCGACAUCAUGCGCCGCAAGGACACUCAAGGACAUAUUGUUCUUCCCAUAUUUUACCAUGUUGAUCCUUCCGAUGUGCGGAAUCAUGGUGGUAGUUUCAAAACAUCCUUCAAUCACCAUGAAUCAAAUAGGCUACCUCAAGUACAACGAUGGAAAACUGCCUUUGCUGAAGUCGGUAAAUUAAAAGGAUGGCAUAUAGAAGGAGGCAAAUUCGACAGACCUGAAACUGAGUACAUCAAGGAUAUCGUUGAAUAUGUUAUAAAGAAGUUGAUGAGUAGCAAGUUUAGAAGUGCUUCUGCAGAGUUAAUCGGAAUAGAUUAUCAGAAAAAGACGAUUUUGAGGCUAAUUGAGAAGGAAGAUAGUCGUCUAAUAGGACUCUGGGGACAAGGUGGUAUAGGCAAAACUACCCUCUCUGAUGUUAUAUACAAUGAAAUCUCUUGUAAGUUUGAAGAUAGUUGCUUUCUUCUAAAUGUUAGAGAGAAGUUAAAAAAACAGGGGAUGGAAUCUUUACGAAAUGAACUUCUUUCCAAACUCUUAAAACAAGCAAUUCAUGUAGACACCCCCUCAAUUGGGUCAACUUUAAUCCAAGAGAGGCUAAGCAAUAAAAGAGUACUUGUUGUCCUUGACGAUGUUAAUGACUCGGACCAAAUAGAUUGUUUUGGUGUUAAACAUUUUGGUGAUGGAAGUAAAAUUAUUGUAACAUCUAGAGAUAGACAAGUACUUAAGAAUGGAGGUGUUGACAAAAUACAUGAGGUAAAGAUGUUAAAUAAAGAUGACUCUCUUCAACUUUUUUCUACAUUUGCAUUUAAACUAUUGAAUCCCGCUGCUGAUUUUCGAGAUCUAUCGAUCAAGUUUGUAGAGUAUGCCCGAGGAAGUCCGCUUGCUCUUAGAGUUUUGGGUUCUAAACUAUAUAAAAAGUCUAGAAAAGAGUGGGAAAGUGAGGUGGAUAAACUAAAAGAAUAUGACCAACCAAAAAUUUCACAGAUUCUGAGAAGUAGUUUUGAUGAUUUGGAUGAAGUAGAGAAGAAUAUAUUCCUUGAUAUUGCAAUCUUCUUUAAAGGAACAUUCAAAAAAGAUGUAGAAGAAAUUCUAAGUUGUUAUUAUAAGGGUGCUGUGUGUGGAAUAAGCAACUUGAUCGACAAGUGCCUACUUGGUAGCACAUCUUAUGAUGGACGGAUUGUUAUGCAUGAUAUGCUUCAAGAGAUGGGCAAAAACAUUGUUCGCAAAGAAUCUAUAGACCCUGGAAAGCGUAGUAGGUUAUGGAGUGCUAAAGACGUGUAUCAAGUGCUCAGUUAUAAUAAAGGGAUUAAUCUAAUUCAAGGAAUAAAGUUAGACAUGUCUCAAAUUGACAACUUACGGUUAGAUCGUUCUAUUUUUGAGGGAAUGAUUAAUCUUAGAGUUAUCUUUUUCUACACUCCUGGGAUGUUUCCGGGUAAGCGUUGGGCAGAAAAACUUCUUGAAGACCAAGUUGAUGGCGUAUCUCUUCCUGAUGAGAUAAGGUAUCUUUGUUGGGAUAACUGUCCUUUCAAAUCUCUAUCAGGCUUUAAUCCAAAGAAUCUUGUUGUGCUGAAAUUAGUAAAUGGCCAUAUAGAACAUCUUUGGGAUGAUGAUGAUCAUCAGGGAAUGAAGAUGACAGAAUAGAGACAAUAGUGAGUGACAAAUCUUUGGACCUUUAAUGAUGCCACUGGCUGAUUGGAGUUUUAGCCAUACAAGGAGGAACAAUUAAGCUGCUAUGGAAAGUGUGGGGAGCGUUGGGGAAGUCACCUUCGUUUCGAGUCUUCCAGAUUCAACGAGUACCAGAAGGAUCGAUAAUUUUGACUACGUGAAGCGUGCAUUGAGCUUUAGGGUCGUCAGGGAUGAGCAUAGGCUGAGGAACUACAGGGAAUGAAGAUAACAAAAGAUAGAGACAAUAGGGAAUGAAGAUCUUUAGACCUUGAAUAAUGCCACUGCUGAAUUGGAGUUUUAGCCAUACAAGGAGGAAGAAGCAAGCUGGAAUUAAUAGCACAUCCUUGGAAAGGCCAUUAUAGUUGGAGCUUUAACUACACAAAAGAUGAGGAACAAAUGGCCAACAAUGCUAUGGCUAGCACACAUGGCAAAUAGCGUAAAUGGCGAACACACAUGGGCAAACAGUCCAAAUGGCGAACACACAUGUCGGAUAGUCCAAACAUGAAUCAUUUGGCGCACAGUCAAAAUAUGAGAAGGAUGGUGAACUGUCAUGCGAGUGAUCAAUUGAUAAUUGACUUCUCCUUGAAAAAAUGUUUAGAUGCUAGUUUUGUCAUGUUAAUCUUUGCGUACAAAUUAUGUUUUCUCAGUUGUUUAGGAGAUUAGACGUUUUUAGUAGAGUACAAAGAAAGGAAUCUUAUUAUAAAUAAUAAUGUUUAGACGUUUUUAGUAGAGUACAAAGAAAGGAAUCUUAUUAUAAAUAAUAAUGUUUUUCUUGUUGAAAAAUUAAUGAAAAUAUUAGCUGAUCAAUUUCAUACUGCCAUCAUACUCAUUUCUUCUCCGCAUUUCUUUCUUAGUUCAUAUCUCCAACAGAACUGAGAUUUUGAGGGCAUUAUCUGUUGAAGCAAUGGUCAGCAUGCAGCAAUCACAUGUUUUUUAUUUUAUUUUGUAUUUUAAGUUGAUGUAAUGUAACUUAGUUGUAUUCCAACUAAGUUUGUUAGUGGUAGUAGGUUUUGUAUUUUAAGUUGAUUAGUUGUAUUCCAACUAAGUUUGU